AUGAAGCUCCUUCUGGUUUUGACUCUUACCUUGCUCCUGGCCCAGGGCACCCCAGCCAUGAAAUGUUGGGGUAAGCUGGGAAAGUGCAGAGUAACGUGUAAAAAGAAUGAAGUAUUCUAUAUAUUAUGCAGUGAUGAGGCCAAAUGCUGUGUAAAUCCCAAGUUUGUACCUGUCAAAACUGGAUCCUCAAACAUAACUGGAAGCCUGGGUUAA